AUGCAGCAGCACCUGAUGCAGAUGCAGCCUAUGAUGGCAGCUUACUAUCCAAACAACGUCACCACUGAUCACAUUCAACAGUACUUGGAUGAGAACAAGUCCUUGAUUUUGAAGAUUGUGGAGAGUCAGAAUUCUGGCAAACUCGGCGAGUGUGCAGAGAACCAGGCAAGGCUACAGAGAAAUCUCAUGUACUUGGCUGCAAUAGCUGAUUCACAACCUCAACCACAAACCAUGCCUGGUCAGUAUCCUGGUGGUGGUGGAAUGAUGCAGGGUCAACAACAAGGAGGAGGAGGAGGAGCGCACUACAUGCAGCAGGCUCAGCAGAUGACACAACAGCAACUAAUGGCUGCGCGUUCCUCGCUUCUAUAUGCGCAGCAGCAGCAGCAACAGCCUUACUCGGCACUUCAACAGCAUCAGCUCGGCGGUGGUGGAAGUUCAGGAGGACUUCACAUGUUGCAAAGUGAAGCAUGUAGUAAUAUGAAUGUGGGAGGAAGCAGUAGCUCUGGUGGAGGAGUAGGAGGGUUUCCUGACUUCAUUCGCGGCGGCGGAGGAGGAGAUGGUUUGCAUAGGAGUCUUAUGGGAGGUGGUAGCAAGCAGGGUGAGAUUGGGAUGGGUUCUUCAUCUGAUCAAGGCCGCGGCGGCGGUGAUGGUGGUGAAAACCUUUACCUCAAAUCAUCCGAUGAUGGAAACUAG